GUCAUUUGGGAUUGCAGCAAUCCAUUUGAAGACCUUGCUGAGCAAGAAUUCCUCCAACGAUUCAGACUGACCAAGGGGUGUGUGCUGAAUCUGUUGGAAAACAUCAGAGGACAACUUCCCAUUGCUGCAGAUGCAAGAGGUUGCCCAAUACCACAGCAUCUGCAACUCCUUAUAACACUGAGAUGUAUGGCCACUGGUGGACACCAACUUACAAUCAGUGACUGCUACCAAGUCUCUCAGACAAGUAUUAGCAGGUGUAUCAGGACAGUGACACCCAUUAUUGCUCAGAUGGCAAAGGACUAUGUGAAGAUGCCAACAGGUAUGAAUGCAAUAAGAGUAAUGGAAGGGUUUUUGGAGAUUGCCAGAAUGCCAGGAAUUGUUGGUGCUAUCGACUGCACCCACAUUCACAUUCUGCGACCAGCUUGUGAGAAUCCAGAACUGUACCGCAAUAGAAAAGGUAUCUUCUCCCUUAACUGUCAAGAUGUAUGUGGACCAGAUUUAACUUUUUUUAAUAUCGUUGCGAGAUGGUGGGGUAGUGCCCAUGACAGCAACAUUUUUAACAACAGUUUGUUACGGCAUGAAUUUGAGCAAGGCAUGCACAAGGGUAAGUUGUUAGGGGACAUGGGUUACCCUUGUCGUAGUUAUCUGUUUACUCCACUAAUGAAUCCCAGCAACUAAAGUGAAACAGCGUAUAAUGAGGCACACAUUAAAACAAAAAAUAAAAUAGAAUGUGCAUUUGGUGUCUUGAAAAGACGCUUUAGUUGCUUGGGCAAGCGUCUUUACACGGCUUUAGACACCACAAAAAACAUUAUUGUAGCAGCAGUUGUGCUACAUAAUUUUGCAAUUCAGAGUAAUGUGCCUCUCCCAAAUCAUCAUCUUGAAUCAGACAAUGCAGAUUCAGAUGAUUCAAAUGCAGAUGAUCAUGGUGUUGACCCAGAAGCAGCCAUUGCUAAUAAUAAUGCAGCACAAGCUGAAAGGGCUAGAUAUAUCAGAACAUACUUCUGAUAACACAGGAUGGUUUGAUUCUGCCACUCAAAUAUGGUAUCUCCUCCACACUCUUGUAUUAACCUCUUUCAUUACUCCAUCCAUGUAUCUGGUAAACACCCAAGCGGACAGACACAUCCUAUCUCACACAUGCCACACUACCAAAUAUUACACCAGGUAUUCAAGAGCAUUCCCUCUAAACUAUAUGUGUACAUAUAACUGAUUAUAAGUGUUAUCGAAAAUAGUAUUCAAAUAUGUACGAAUCUAAGGUAUUUUUGCUAUUUCUUUUUUUAUGUGAACUGUUACUCAGAAAAAUGUACUUGUAAUUCCCAUUUCUUACCUUGAUGAGUUUGAUUUUACUUUGUAUACAAUAUGACUAUAAACACUUUGUUAUGAAAAUACACUAGUUGUUAUACAGUUAUGGUAAAUGACAACACUAAGUAAAAGAUAUUUUUCUCACGAAGCAGGUCAAGACGGCCCCUAACCACGACAGCCCUCCCCCACGGCCCCGUGUUUACCAGGACGGCCAUUUGUUUACCAGGACAGCCCCAUUUUGUAGGACGAUAAUAAUAAUUUACACGUAUUUAUUACAUUCUCAAUUCUCACACAUACAUACCAAUUAAAAAAAAAAAACAGCAAAAAAAUAUAAAUCGGGGCUCCUGUACAUGUCCAAUCUUCUAGAGAGACGUAGAAUACAACACAAUGUGUGUGUGUGUGUGUGCCCAUUCCAUUCAGAGAGAGAGAGAGAGAGAGAGAGAGAGAGGUCAUGUCAAAAGCCGUUCUGUUGGUGGAAUCAUUAUUUUUAAAGCCUCAUCAUGACGACACCAAGCCAUCGCUCUGUUCGCCCUAAACAGCCCGCAACUGCACUUUGUGUAGUUUGUGACAGGGUGGUCACUGGCCGUCACCAUGCACUCCAGUGUGAUAACUG